AUGCCAAUCGAAGCAACCGACGACAAAGUGGAGCUCAUUUCCCCAGAAAACCCAAACACUAAGGUUUCUGUGCUGCUCUACGGAGCCACGGUCACGUCCUGGACCAUUGAGGGCGUCGAGCAGCUGUGGCUGUCGUCGGCGGCCAAGCUGGACGGGUCCAGACCGGUCAGAGGCGGCAUCCCACUGGUGUUCCCCGUGUUCGGCAAGAGCAACGCGCCAGGGUUCGACCAGCUGCCGCAGCACGGCUUUGCGCGAAACUCCACAUGGGAGUUUCUGGGCCAGACCAAAGAAAACCCGCCAACGGUGCAGUUUGGUCUCGGGCCCGAACAGGCCAACAAGGAGGUGUACUCCAAGUGGGACAACGGCGACAACGACUUCACGCUGCUACUGACGAUCGAGCUCAAGCCAGACGCGCUCACAACAACGAUCGAGGUGGCCAACUCGGACUCCAAGCCAUGGAAGUUCAACUGGCUGUUCCACACGUACCUGGCCGUCAACGACAUCGACGACACAUUAGUGAACAAUUUGCCAGGUGAGACGUGCUACGACCAGCUGCUGGCCGAGACGUACGAGGAAAAGGCGCCGGCGAUCGAAUUCAACGGCGAGCUCGACAGAAUCUACCAAAACGUCUCGUGCGAGAAGCUGUUGCAGGUUAUCGAGUUGGGCAAGGUGGUCCACAACGUGGAGAGAAGAAACUUGCCGGACGUGGUCGUGUGGAACCCGUGGACCAACAAGGCGGCCGGCAUGGCCGACUUCGAGCCAAAGGACGGCUUCCACAAGAUGGUGUGCAUCGAGCCCGGUCACGUGCACGACUUCAUCACGCUGGAGCCAGGCGAGUCCUGGACGGCGUCGCAGAUUAUCCGAAAGGGCGACGCCAUCAAGCUCCAGGCUAUAUAG